CGAUUUCUGUGUUCAAAUGUUUUCAUUACCUUUAUCGCUCACAAGAUGCAAUGACAAGAUCUGAUUGAAGAAGUUGCAUGUUUUUUCCCCGCGCUAGCCAUCGUAGCGUCUGUCUUCCCGUUGGUCUUGAUGCAUCUAGAUUCGCAGUCUCCCAGUACAAUUGUACGUCCAGUUUUUACACAACUCAGGGUUAGUCACAUCUGAGAUAUCUGCAAUAUCAUUCAAUCCAUGACAUUCUGCUUGCACAUCGCCUAUCUUUGCUAAGAACUUUUCUUUUGGAUUUCAGAUCCACCUGCAGAGCUAUCAUCUUCUCCACUCAGUUCCCUCACCAUUUCACAUCACAGGAUUCUCGAGAGAAGUGAAGUCCACUUUGCCACACGGUCUAGGAUCUAGCUCAGAACCAGAAUCCUGGUAUUCUGCGUUCAUUUUGAUACCCAUCCCUUGUUUUGAGCUCGAGCAGCCUCGUGAUUCAACUUUUCACAAUCUCCCUAAGUUUCGGGGUGAUUACUCUUCAUACAUCCGUUUAUCGGCAGAGCUUGGUGUUAUAUUUGUGUAGUUAAUCAUUCAGAGUGCAAGAAGUCUCAUCCCCAGCACUCAUUCAGUUUUCUUCGGGAGAGCCCAGCUUUCGGAUCGAGGAGAGGGCCUCCUGUAAGUCCAGUUACACUUCGCCCGCGCAGACCAAGCAGCAUCUUACUCUGUGAGAGUGGAGGAGAGGAUGGAAGGUGCAGGUGGGUCAAUCGUCAGUGACGCUGCUGAACUUACGACACGGGGAAUGGACUCCGAGAGGAUGGAAGGUGCAGGUGGGUCAAUCGUUAGUGACGCUGCUGAACUUACGACACGGGGAAUGGACUCCGAGAGGAUGGAAGGUGCAGGUGGGUCAAUCGUCAGUGACGCUGCUGAACUUACGACACGGGGAAUGGACUCCGCAGACGAGGAACAGGAGCUUCCCUCCGCCAUCCAGGACCUUAUACGGCGUCUGGAAGGAGAAGGCGAGCCUAUAACGGCGCUUCCCGAUUUAAGCGGGCCAAAAUUUCUGGAGUUUUUCCCGAAGCGUGAAUCGCUCUCGACGAUCACAGGGUGGAGAAGCCAAGUGCGCCUUCAAGUGCUGGAGGCAAUCGCCAGGUGCAACACCCUUAAGAUUCUGAGCGUGUACUGUAUCUGUGAGGGAGAUAUAUCGAGGCUGACGGAUAGCGAAUGGAAGGUAGUUUUGAAAGGAUUCAGGUAUAGCACCGUUCUACGAACGAUAGAGGUUAGAGCUGUGAGACGGAGGGAUUCAGAGGCGGAAGUGGAGAGUUGGUAUUUAGAGCUGGGGAAAAUUCUGAGUACCUCUAGCGUAACAGAAUUGAAAUUGAUCUCUUGCUACUUGAGUGCCAGAUGUAUCUUGAAUCUUGCCUCAGGAUUGCAAGGAAAUUCGAAUUCUAAACUCCAGUCUUUACACCUAAACUGCUCGUGGGAUGACACGAAUGUGGUGAAGCAUGUGGCUGACAUGAUCAACAGUGCUCCUCUAUUAGAAACGUUGGAAUUACUCUCCAAAUGGCACCAAAUGGAGGACGAGACCGUUGGAAUCCUAUCCCAUGCUUUGAUUAAGAGGUCGUCUUUGAAAGAAUUGAAGUUGGGGUGUGGGUGGGGAGGGGACUUGUGGAGAGUCAUGUCCCCACAAGAACAGGCCUUGUGUGGACUGUCCCCACAAGAACCGGACUUGUGGGGAGCGGCCUUGUUGCUGAAAGCCUUGGCCGGAGAUGAUGGCAACCGAUCCGUUGAACGUCUUCGGCUAACGCAUUGGAGAGGACUCGGAGACUGUAUAGGAAAACUUCUUACUUGCAACCCAUCAUUGAAGGAAAUGGAGUUGAACGUCUUGGAGAUGAGUCCUGAGGAAUGGCACCAGCUCGGCGAAGUCAUACGUGACAAUGCUAUAGCAACAACUAUACUUGCUAAGUUUAACUUCUGCGGUGGAGAUCAAUGGAAGUCAAUAGAAGCUCUUGCUUCUUCUGCUAGCUCUGAUGUCAAGGACCCCAUUGUGGAGCUUGAUCUCCUCCUACCUUCGGGUAACUUUGACUUUUACUUGAUGUUAUCAUUAGCCCUUCUAGGUAGGGUACUGCGCGGAGAAAUCAAAUCUCUAAAAUCUGUGAGUAUAGCAAUUUUUCAUAAUGAAAAAAUGAUGUAUUUCAGUAUGAAUGGGAAAACAGGAGAAACUUCAGUCCUGAAGAGACUGGAAUUUUCUGUUCGAAGCAAAGAUCUCCGGAAGGGAGUAUGGGGGUACCUGCUUGGGUGCAUGCGGGGGAACCUCCUGACUCACUUGGAUUUAUCUGACUCAGAACUCGACGAGGAGGCGUUCAGGGACCUGAUGGCGGUACUGCAAGUGAACUUGGCUCUCCAGACAAUAGACGUCUCACGAACAUCAUGGGCAAAGGACGGAAAGGCGGCGCAGAUUCAAGACGCACUAAAGCAGAACGAGAAGCGGGCCAGCUACAUGCACUUGUUUAGAGAGGCCAACUUAACAUUUGGAGAUGCAAAAGCUGGUCGACUCUUCUUAUGCGGCUCUCCUAGAGCAGGCAAAACUCAAUUGCGCAAAACCUUGAUGAGGAUAAAUCAAGGCAAAAGCUGGCUUGAAAUUCGCAGUCUACGCAAUAAAUGGAACACAUUGGGGAGGACAACAGGCAUUGAAGUGGAGUUAUUGCAAAACAAUGACAAAAUGCAAAUCUCAGUUUGGGAUCUUGCGGGACAAUGGAUUUUUCGUACCCUUCAAAAUGUGCUUUUUACUCAAACCAACAGCUUCUGUCUUUUUCUUUUUGUGUAUAAUCCUUUCUGUGAGGAAACAUCUUCAAACAAACCAGACUCUUGUUUUAGAACAAGAGUCUGGAGUUGGAGGACUAGUUGAGUUUCAUCACAUCUAGCACUAUGGUCACAGGAAGUGAUCUUCCCCAAGUUUUUAUUGUGAUUUCUCACAAGGAUAAAGCCACAUACAACUCUCUGAGUUGGGCUCACUCCAUAGUUGACAAACUCACCAAAAGGUUACAAGCACCAAGGAGCAUAGAAAUUGCCCUAUAUGGUCAUCCGACAAGUUUCGUGAUUUCUGUGCUCCCAUCUUGACACAAUAUAUUCCAUCAUCUUCUGCUCACUCUGGUGAUCAUUCAAAGAUAAUGGAGUCCACUAUAUCAUAUUUGAAUGAUGUUGGAUCCAUCAUAUACAUUCCCAACCUUGACUACAUCAUUGUUAAUCCCAACUGGCUUACCAAUACCUUCUUGGGUGAGCUCAUAGCUAUAGGUCAACAAUUUCAAGUUCAAGAGUUGCAGUAUUCUAGGAGUAGCUCAUACACAAGCAAGGACGGAUUUGUGAGUCAUAGUGUCUUUGCUAGGUUGAUAGAAGAGUUUCUGAAAAAACAACCACAUCGACAGAGAGGUGUGAACAGAGAGGAGGUUGAAAACAUCCUUGUCAACUUAGAUUUGUGUUUCAAGCUCGAAGAUACUUCUCAGUAUUUUAUUCCUUCGUUCAUCCCCGAGCAUGCAAGCAAGGAAGAAUAGAAGCAUCAAGAAGGGGCGCACGUGGAGUUGAUGUAUUGGGAAAAUCUGUAUGAGACUUCACAAUUUGUCGGCAUUCGGAUUCAAUGCCAAGAUGAAAGAACAAUGUCACUAA